UGAAUACGGGUGGAGGGAAAGCUGACGGUUCGAUACUCGAGCUGUACACAAAUGAGCAGUUUUGAACGUUAAGCUGAUUCGAGCUAAAUUCCGCUACGUUUGUAAAGUGCGUGAGGGAAAAUAAUAAUAAUAACAACAACAAUAAUAAUAACAAUAACGGCGCGUUUAAUGCAAGGCUUUUGGAGAUAAAUACAGAGAUUUCUUUGCGAUAGCUUUAUGCUAAUGUUUAGUUAGCAUGCUAAUGUUGCUAACUAGCUGUAGUAACGCUUGCUAGCUGCUCAGAAUGGAUUUACACCUGGAUUACAGUCUUAUUAGCUAUCUAGCUAUGUGUGUGUUAGUUAGUUAGUAUUCUAGUUAUUUACUUCUCUGGUUAUUUACACUAAAACUUAUUGUCCAUAAAAAAAGCAGGAUGUAUUUUAUACAAAACAGCUGCUUUCUCCUGCUGCUGUGUUCAGUCUUCAGCCUUAAAGUGACAGCUGACGUGGAACCGGAAGUGGGUGAUGUCCAGGAGACCAGUCCAUCUCAGUAUUCACCUGAUGAGAAGAGUGACAAUGAUGAGAUUGUCGUGACUGGACACUUGGUUUCUCCCGAGGAAGCGGCUGAGAUGGAGGCUGAGCUUCGGCGUGAGGAGAGAGAACGAGGAGAGGAGGGCGAACAUGAGGAGAUCCAGAAGGAGGACCUUCCAAACCAACCUGCUCCUGUGGUCACAAAGCCCAGGGAGGUUCCUGUGGUGAUAGGUGGCACAGCCUCCGGGGAGCCGUGCCUGUUUCCCUUCCUGUUCAUGGGUAAGGAGUACUCGGACUGUACCACUGAGGGCAGAGGGGACGGCCGUCUGUGGUGCGCCACCACCUACGACUACGACCAUGACAAGAAAUGGGGCUUCUGUGAAACGGAGGAGCAGGCGGAGCAGCGCAGGCUGGCGGAGGAGGCGGAGGAACAGUACCAACACACACUCAGACUCCUGAACACCACCAGCAGAAGGAGUCAGAAGAGAGAGUUGUAUGAGAAGCUGGUGAAGGUGGCAGCGAUGGGUCACACCAAGGCCAUGGAGAAGGUGGGCUACGCCCUGCUGUUUGGGGAUUAUCUGCCUCAGAACAUUCAGGAAGCCAGGGAGAUCUUCGAGAAGCUGGCGCUCGAAGGCUCGCCCAAAUCUCAGACGGCUCUGGGGUUCCUCUACGCAGCUGGAUUAGGAGUGAACUCCAGUCAAGCUAAAGCGUUGGUGUAUUAUACAUUUGGAGCUCUAGGAGGAAACCUGCUGGCACACAUGAUCCUGGGUUACAGGUACUGGGGAGGUGUGGGGGUUCCUCAGAGCUGUGAAUCUGCCCUCACUCACUACAGACUGGUAGCCAAUCAUGUGGCCAGUGAUGUGUCACUGACUGGGGGCAGUGCCGUGCAGAGGAUCAGGCUGCUGGAUGAGUUGGAGAACCCUGGUUCUCCCAGUGGUAUGCUGGAGGAGGAUCUGAUCCAAUACUACCAGUUUCUGGCUGAAAAGGGGGACGUCCAGGCGCAGGUGGGUUUGGGGCAGUUACACUUACACGGAGGUCGAGGAGUGGAGCAGAAUCAUCAGAGAGCUUAUGAGUACUUUAAUCAGGCUGCUAAUGCAGGAAACACACAUGCUAUGGCUUUCCUUGGAAAGAUGUAUUCAGAGGGCAGUGAGUUUUUACCUCAGAACAAUGAGACAGCGCUGCAUUAUUUUAAGAAGGCCUCAGAGCAGGGGAACCCAGUGGGUCAGAGUGGACUUGGUAUGGCCUACCUGUACGGUAGAGGUGUUCCUGUGAACUAUGAGCUGGCACUCAAGUACUUCCAGAAAGCUGCGGAGCAAGGCUGGGUAGAUGGACAACUACAACUGGGAACUAUGUACUACAAUGGUAUCGGAGUGAAGCGUGACUAUAAACAGGCUCUGAAGUUCUUUAACCUGGCGUCUCAGGCAGGUCACAUCCUGGCCUUCUAUAACCUGGCUCAGAUGCACGCUACAGGAACCGGAGUGAUGCGUUCCUGUCACACGGCCGUGGAGCUGUUUAAGAACGUGUGUGAGCGCGGCCGUUGGUCAGAGAGGCUGAUGAGUGCUUAUGGAAGCUUUAAGGAGGGAGACAUCGACUCUGCUCUGGUUCAGUAUCUGCUCCUGGCUGAACAGGGCUACGAGGUGGCACAGAGUAACGUGGCCUUCAUCCUCGACCAGAAGCAGUCCCAGAUCUUCAGUGAAAAUGAAACCUACCCUCGAGCUCUCCUUCACUGGACCAGAGCAGCAGCACAAGGUUACACAGUGGCCAGGAUCAAGCUGGGUGAUUAUCAUUUCUAUGGUUACGGCACCGACGUGGACUACGAGACAGCGGUGAUCCACUACAGACUGGCGUCGGAGCAGCAGCACAGCGCACAGGCCAUGUUCAACCUGGGAUACAUGCAUGAGAAAGGCCUUGGCAUUAAACAGGACAUCCAUCUGGCUAAACGUUUCUAUGACAUGGCUGCAGAGGCGAGUCCUGAUGCCCAGGUGCCCGUGUUCCUCGCCUUGUGUAAACUGGGACUCCUUUACACUCUGCAGUACCUCCAAGAGCUGAACCUGAAGGAACUUCUCUCUCAGAUGGAUCUGGACCAGUUGCUGGGUCCAGAGUGGGAUCUUUACCUCAUGACCGUGAUCGCUCUGCUCUUGGGUACAGUCAUUGCGUACAGACAGAGACAGCACCAACCCGUACCGAGAGCUCCGCCCGCCGCACCGAGACCCGCCCCCCAGCCAGAGCAGGGUGGCCCCGCCCCUGAAGCCGACCGCGAUUAAAGUUCUACAGAGAACGCAAUGAAUAAACACUCGUGUGAAACCUGAGACUGGGAGGAGGGCAGGGCCUGAGCCGCUCGCUCCAACCACACCAGUAUUAGAUAAAGGGACAGACCACUCCCAUGAUGUUCAUCGGGGGUGACACGCGUGCACACACACACACACACCAUGCGCUUAUAAGUUGGACUUGGCUUUAAUGCGCACGGCUCAGGGUUUAAUAAACUGAGGUGAACUCAGCUGGGUGUGUGCAGAAUAGUGCGCACUCUUCAGGGGUAAAAUAUGGUACUUUUGGGCCCCAAGGACCUGCUGUGUUCUCCUCUUUAACAUGGUUCUGAUAAAAGUACCCUGUCCCACUUUUUCUAAGGUUAAAUAAGAAGUGUAACACACUGGAAAUCAUUAAAAACAACAAUAAAUCACAA